AUGGCCGCCGUCAAAAUUUCCGGGGACGCGGCUGCUCUUGACGUCCUAGCAUCGCCGCAGCUCGCCUGCUUGGCUCUCGCUUGUCAGUUUGGGCUAGCGCUGUCCUGCUCCAGCCACCACCGCCACAGGAAGGCGGAGAAGGCGCGGUCCACACUUUUUCCCGGAGCGCACCUGCAGGGAGCAAAAUCGAACUUCUGGUGCGCACCUGCCAAAACAUCUUCCGCAGAGCCCCAAGCAGCCUCAACCUCGCGAAGUUCAACCUCUCACCUCGAGCACCACUGCAUUGCCGAACUUCGCGACGACAACCUCACCGUCACACCCACCGCAAUCAUGGCGCCCGCUAACCUGCCCAGCGUUUUCAACGCCACCAGCCAGGACAUUGAGCUGCUCCUGGCUGCCCAGUCCCACCUCGGCUCCAAGAACUUGCAGGUUCACAUGAACUCGUACCUGUGGAAGACUCGUGCUGAUGGUGUCAACGUCAUCAACGUCGGCAAGACCUGGGAGAAGAUCGUCCUGGCUGCCCGUAUCAUCGCCGCCGUCGACAACCCCUCCGACGUCUGUGUCAUCUCCGCCCGUCCCUACGGUCAGCGUGCCGUCCUCAAGUUCGCCGCCCACACCGGCGCCCAGGCCAUCGCCGGUCGUUUCACCCCCGGUUCCUUCACCAACUACAUCACCCGUUCGUUCAAGGAGCCCCGUCUGAUCGUCGUCACCGACCCUCGCACCGACGCCCAGGCCAUCAAGGAGGCUUCCUACGUCAACAUCCCCGUCAUCGCCCUCUGCGACACCGACUCCCCCACCGAGUUCGUCGACGUUGCCAUCCCCACCAACAACAAGGGUCGUCACGCCAUCGGCUGCGUCUGGUGGAUGCUCGCCCGUGAGGUCCUCCGUCUCCGCGGCACCAUCUACAACCGCGAGACUCCCUGGGACGUCAUGGUCGAUCUCUACUUCUACCGCGACCCUGAGGCCGAGGCCGAGGAGAAGGUCGAGGAGGAGAAGCUCGCCACCGCCGACGAGGUUGGCCCCGCUGCCAUCGAGGCUGGCACCUUCGCCGCCGGUGCCGACUGGGAGGCUCCUCCUGCCGGUGCUACUGGCGAGUGGAGCGCCGACCCUGCUGCUGCCAGCUGGGACGCCGCUGCUGCUCCCGCUGCUGGUGCUACCGAGUGGGGUGCUGAGCCUGCUAAGGAGGCUGGCCAAUGGUAG